CUUCUUCUGUUGCCUAAUUGCUUAGCCUAGUCGGCAUUUGCAGCUGUGGAUGAAAACUCAGCCUUGCUGCCUUGUUAAAGUCAUCAGCUCACUGCAGCCACAGUGGUCCUCCUCGGAGCUAUUGGCGCAGCUCCCUACGUACCUAGCCCUGCCUCAUCAGGUGGUCAGAGCUUGAUUUGGGUAGUAAUAACGAUCAUGCCCCGCUUACAACUACAUGAGGCUCUGCGAUCUCGACUGACAGCUACUCGUCUCUUCUCAACUAGACUAUACUUGGUACAUAAUUCACGCUUCCAUCUCUUUAAUCUUCGGUCUAUACUUCGCACGGAUCUAGAACCGGCGAACGUAGCGCUGCGUUGGCCUUAGCGCACCUCUGUCCUAUGGGGACUGUGCGUGCCUUGUUCACGGUUGGAGCCACGUCGAAAUGCCAGACAAAAUGCAGACAAAGGACCGCCCUACCCUGAAUGAAUACACAAACCUCUUACAGUCAGAAUGGACUCGACCAGUCGCAUGCCAGGACCAGUGCGAUCCGCCUGAAUCUUGCAGUUGUCAGCGCCGCAUUGUCCACGUGGAUGCUAUCAAGGCGUGGUGCGGACGCAAGGCCUCUGGGACUUCCGAACAGACAAAACUGCAUCGAUUGUUCGACGAGAUGCAGUCCGCGGGACAUCGAAAAUUUCCUCUCGACUUCAAGACUUUCUUUACUGGAGAAUACCACUGCCUUCGAGUUUUCGGUCGGUUACUCGAACAAGGUUAUGGUAAUCUCAUCGAUCGGUUCUAUAAUUCCAACAUGCAUGACAUUUAUCUGGAACGAGGCGAGGAAUACCAGCAACUUCGCGAAAACUUAUUGGAGAUCUUUGACGUUAAUGAAGUGGACCGCAUUAUCCAAGAUUUUCAACACACGAGAUGGGCAUACUGUCCAUUUGCACUCACGUUACAUGUAGAUCGUGGUCUAGAAAGCACCAAAGUCAUUGUCCCUUUCUGCCGUAAGAUCAAGCUUGGUGACAAAGGAGGUACCGCGUCUGUAUAUUGGGUGGCUAUCCAGAGGGACCUUAUAUCUGAUGAAGGGCUAAAGGGUGUGCUCCACGAAUCGCUUCACCUGGAUCCGGACUUUGGCGAGUGUUACCAAUUAGCCUUGAAGUCCUAUUGUGGUAACAAGAAACUUGCUUACGAGCAAGAAAAGGACGCAUUCUCGGGACUGAAGUCUAACGAAAGGGUACCCAUAGUUCGCUAUCUAGGAUCUUACACGCAUGAUCACGGCGAAGGAUACGAUUCAAAAGGAGUACAUACAGGAAAGACGUACAAUCUGCUUCUGGAGUACGGAGAGCAAGAUCUCUAUCAGUACUGGGCAGACGAAACAAAUGUGCCACCCGUACGAGCAGACGAAAUCGUUCGAGAAUGGGAAUCGUUAUUCGAGGUUGCCGAUGCUAUUCGACACGUUCACAACUUAGAGGUUCCACGCGAGAGAGGCGAUCCCUGGAGAUUCUAUGGCUGGCACGCAGAUAUAAAACCGGAUAAUAUUCUCAUUGUCCACGGGCGGUUCAAGCUGGCUGAUUUCGGCUACUCUAGGUUUGCACCCGUUGUGAAGAGUCAAGAUGGUGUCUUGCCCACAGAAUUCAUCAAUGGAUUCACCGAUACCUAUGGUGCACCCGAAGUGUCUCGUAUGAAACGACCGGACGGAACGAUGUCGGGAGUCACACAAUCCAUUGACACCUGGUCUUUUGGCUGUGUGCUAUCAGUUGCCGCAACCUGGAUUGUAUUAGGUUUCCAAGGCGUUCGACAAUACGAAAUACUACGAACUCUUGCUCCAGCCAAUAAUAGAGACGGUGCUAUGCGUGACUGUUUCCACGACGGCACACAGGUACUACCCGAGAUUCGGAAAUGGCACAACUAUCUGAGAGGGCAUCUUCGCCCUUCAGACACCACAACGCCAUUGGUAUUGGAUCUCAUCGAGCACAAAAUGCUUCAAACCGAUACAUACAAUCGUCUCGAGCUAGGAGCGCUCUGUGAUGAAUUGAAAGACCUUAUUCCGCGAGCUAAAGAAAAGAUAAGGUGCCUCAAAUUGCACGCGAGGGAAACAGAUCCGGUGGUUUUACAAGCGUUGCUGAAAGUCGAGCAAGAAGCACAGAGAGACAAAUCCUCGAGACCAAAGAGUACCCCAUUUCAGCAGCAGACGACGGUCGCCGGUAUGGCGCAUACGAGUCAUCCUCUUCAAAGAGUUACAAGGCAUCUUCAAAAAGAGCAUAUCAUCAAGAGUAAACCAUUAGGACAGACCACCUAUCGCAAAGAAAUCCUGGAGAAACAGCUGAAGCGCAAUUCCGUCAUCCGAGAGGAUGAUGAACAAAACAAGCAGGGAACACACAAUGGGGCAGUUACUGAUAGUCCCAUCGAAUCACUGCUUCCAGCAGACACAUGGCGUGCUCUGCGAAAAGAGAAACCGAGAAACCCAGAACAUCCCCCCGCAACUGUGAAACUUGCAAAACCAGCUCCCAUCGAAUUCCGCGACGCUGUGUCCACCGCUACAUUUCAAAGCUCUUCCCAACCCCGAAAUCACAGCUCCAACAGUAAUCGUUUCGUCGCCAAUGGAGGUAACCCAGGUUCUAAUGAAGGUCAGCCGAGUUCCUUCGAUGCUUUACGUAACAGUGCAGAAUCAGUGCGAUCGAAUCGACAAACUUCAAUGGCACCAGACUCACCGUUAGCGCGAAAAUCAACCUAUCCAGCCGUGCCCGAAUUUCCUCAGGGUUCCUCUUUAAUGAGUCCGGAAUCACAUCGUUCAACGCCGGAUGUUCUAUCGCCCCUCCUAUACACGUCAGGAUCCAAGGACACAUCUCCAGUAUCCCCUUACCCGCCAACUGUCAUAGCCUCUGCGAAACUGACACAGUCCCGAGGUUCCUCCGUGGAGGAGAAUUCUCAACAACGACGGCUGUAUUCUGAUAACGUCCCACAACUAUCAUAUCCCAUCCCAAAUCGCUCUAAUUCCAAUGAUAGACGCAUAUAUGAGCCGGAUAUCUAUACAUCUGGUCAAAUUGAGAGUUCUCCAAUACCUGGACCGUCCAUCAUAUUAUCUCAGCCUGCUGAGCCCGUGGCAUCUGAACAAAGUACCACAGACUUUUUUCCUGGCCUGCACGUAGCAGAAAAGCAAGCCGUAGACCCUGAACAGGAUAUUUUCUCCCCUGAGUCUAUAGCUACGAUUCCACUUCCCCCAUCAGUUUAUGACCUUCCAUUCAAUAUCUGUCACAAAAGGAAGGAGCUCGACCAGCAAGUUUCGAAGGGCUUUGCGAAGCUCAAGGGCAAGUUUGGCGUUGAGACGCGGAAUAAGGACACAAGCCUUGUUCAGACCUUUAGUGAACCACGUGAAAUAAUUCUUGUCGUUGAUAAUGGCGGGACAAUGUUCGAACACUGGCCAAUUGUUAUGUUUGUCGCAGAAACACUGGCGAAAAAUGCUGCAGGUUUAGAUAAGAAUGGUAUUUGUCAUGAUAUGGGGGUGAUGAUCUGUAUUCAUAGGUUCUGUCGAGCUAAACUAGCUGCUGGGUGAAUGAUAUACCCUAUCCCGGCACGGACCAUCCUUCCUUGGCGUUCACGUGACAGUAUUGACCUCAAGUUUACGGUUGACGGACACACCUACGACAAAGGAGACCUCAAAGGAGAUUUGGGGCGACGAUUACUUAAGAAUGCUUUGAACGCAGCGUGGCCGGAAAACACAAAGACUGACGACUCGCUAACCGAUAUGGGAAGAAUAUUUACAAACAUAUUCAAGGAGUGGAAGCGUAACAAAAAGCGUGCUACUACGCUACUUAUACUCACGGAUG